GCUGUUUAUCAUCCCACUCCAUGAUGGAGCAUAUGACCUUUUGACUAACUCUCCAUGUGUCUCAGCACUAUGCAUUCAUGAAUUACGGGUGUACCACAUAUACACACAUUUCUAUGGGAGCUGGAAUCUAUCUAGCUCGUGUUCUAUUGCAAGAACUGACCUUGCGCCUAACUCCUAGUAUAGACUCCACAAGACAGGGAGGACAACAUUUAGGACAAUUCCUGAGCAGAUGUCUGCUGUGUGGCAUUCACCCUAAAGAAUACGAGAGUGCAGCAACCAGUCAACUCGGAAUGGGCAGCGAGCGGUCCGAUGUGCUAUCUUCUGCGUCGACUGGAUGUUCUCAUGAUGCCCAAUACCUACUAAAAACGGAGGGUCCGAAUGCUAAGGUCAACGUGAAGAAAAUGAUGGACAAGUGUAAGAAAGACUCCAAAGUGCCAAAAAUAGUCUGUGAAGUGAUGAAGAAAGAAAUGAAGAAAGACAAGUUCAUGCUGAUGCUUGUGGAAUGGGGCUACACAUGGAAACAGCUUUGCGAUCUUUGCAAGUAAUUGUGUCUCUUGUGUCAAAUGCAAGCUAUCUUCACAAUAAAAUGAGGGAAACUUCUC